AUGCCUCCUAGAAAUGCUGCCUCCACCGCGCUGAAUAGCAACCCGUCGAACUCUUAUGUGUCAGGCAUCGACUUCGGUGCGGAGCACAAAACUAUCCACCAGGAUAUCAAGCCCGCCGAUUCAGAGCAAAAUGAUACCGGGGAGUCAGAGCCCGGUCAGCUGAAGCGCCGGUUGAAGAGUCGCCAUCUUCAGAUGAUCGCCAUAGGAGGAACAAUUGGUACUGGUCUUUUUAUCUCAAGUGGUACUGCUAUCGCUAAUUCAGGCCCUGCCGGAGCCUUGAUUGCCUACAUCUUUGUUGGAUCAAUUGUAUUCUCUGUCAUGAUAUCCCUUGGCGAGGUUGCAACAUUCAUUCCCAUUCCUGGUGCUUUCACAUCCUAUGCCGCUCGGUUGAUUGAUCCCAGUCUGGGAUUUGCUAUGGGGUGGAUCUAUUGGUUUAACUGGGCCUCCACUUUCGCCGUCGAGUUGACAGCCACCGGCACCAUCAUUCAGUACUGGCGAGCAGACUUAAAUAUCGCGAUCUUUAUCGGAGUCUUCUGGGUCGUCAUCACAGCGCUGAACUUCCUUCCCGUUGGAUUCUAUGGCGAGACGGAGUUUUGGUUUUCUACGAUCAAGGUGGCGACAGUGAUCGGUUUCAUGAUUUUCGCGAUCUGUGUCGACUGUGGCGUAGGAGGCCAGGGAUACCUUGGAUUCCACUACUGGUCCGAUCCAGGUGCCUUCGCGACGUAUCUCGUUGACGGAAAGAUCGGUGUGUUCGUGGGAUUCUGGUCGGUCCUCAUCCAAGCUGGGUUCUCGUACCAGGGUACAGAAUUAGUUGGUAUCGCUGCAGGAGAGACCGAGAACCCUCAAAGGACGGUCCCCUCCGCUAUUCGGAAGACGUUUGUUCGAAUCCUGUUCUUUUUCGUCUUGACAAUUGAUACCAACGCCUCAGCUUCGCCGAUGGUCAUCGCGGCCAAUUUGGCCCAUAUUAAGGUGCUGCCAUCGCUGAUCAAUGCAGUGUUACUCACUGUUGUCUUAUCUGCGGCCAAUUCCAAUGUAUACAGUGGCAGUCGAGUCCUUACUGGACUAGCGCUGGAAGGGUUUGCGCCGAAGUUCUUCGCGAAAGUUACCAAGAAAGGUGUUCCAUACGUGAGCGUCGCAUUCACCGCUGCAUUUGGCCUUCUUGCCUUCAUGAACGUGUCCGAAAAUUCAGGCCAAGUAUUCAACUGGCUGGUCAAUCUUUCCAGUGUCGCCGGCUUCGUGACAUGGUCCUCUAUCAACGCGUGCCAUAUCGCAUUUAUGCGGGCUUGUGCUGCCCGCGGUAUUUCACGAGACGAUCUCCCUUACAAGGCGAUACUCCAGCCCUACCUGGCGUGGUAUGGCCUAAUUUUCAACAUCCUCAUCGCUCUUACCCAGGGAUUUACAUCUUUCAUCCCCAGUUUCCAAGUCAAGGAUUUCUUCAUUGCAUAUAUCUGUCCGAUCGUGUUUGUUGUGCUCUAUGUUUCCCAUAAAAUUUAUUUCCGGCCGGCAUUCAUCCGGGCUAGCGAAGCGGAUAUUGAUACCGGUCGCAUUGAAUACCAGAAAGAAACUGAGCUGCCGCAGCCCUGGUACUGGAAGAUGUGGGAAUGGAUCACGAAAUGA